UCCUUAUCGAUCGCGGGGUAACGCGGCGUGGCGGCCCACCGGUGGGAAAUUUACGGGCUGAGAAACCCCUCCAUUGCCCUCCCGUCUGAAGUGACUCACGGACGGGUUUCAGGGGCAGCAGAUGUCUGCAUUUUCAACUGUUUCAACACCAAAUUCCGAGUCGCGCGCCACACAAAAAGCCGCCAUGGAGAAAGUCACUGAAGCCCUGCAGAAAACCGCCAUUGGCGGCGGCGACAAGAAGCCGAAGAAGGAGAAGAAGGCGCCUGCCGAAGCCGACGCCAGCGCGGGUCCGCUCGAGCUGCAGCCGCCUCCGGCCUUCAUCCAGGAGCGCAUCGACCUGUUCGACCGCUUAUAUAAGGAGCAGCAGGAGGAACUCGCCAGGAAGCCGCACGAUGACAUUCUCAUUACCAUGCCCGACGGCACCGUGAAGCCCGGCAAAGCCUACGAGACCACUCCCGCCGAGAUUGCGAAGGGUAUCUCCAACAGCCUCUACAAGCGCACCGUGGUCGCGAGGAUUGAUGGCGAGCACCUGUGGGAUCUCGAACGGCCACUCGAGAAGAGCUGCAAGCUGGAGCUCCUGGACUUCAACGACGAACAGGGCAAAUUCGUCUUCUGGCACUCUAGCGCCCAUAUCCUCGGCGAGGCUUGCGAGCGGAGAUUCGGCUGUUCCCUGUGCAUUGGUCCGCCCGUCGACAACGGUUUCUACUACGAGAUGGCUCUGCCUGGCGGCGCCGCCGUGCAGUCCACCGACUGGGCGCCGCUCGAGAACAUCGUGUCCAAAAUCGUGAAGGAGAAGCAGCCCUUCCAGAGACUGGAAAUGACCAAAGAGGACCUUCUCAAGAUGUUCGCCUACAACCCCUACAAGGUGCAUAUCAUCAAGGACAAGAUUCCCGACGGCACAAAAACCACUGUUUACCGGAACGGACCCUUGAUCGAUUUGUGCCGCGGACCUCACGUGCCGGAUACCGGCAGAGUCGAGGCUUUCGCCAUCAUGAAGAACUCCUCUUCAUACUUCCUCGGGGAUCCCAACAACGACUCUCUUCAGCGGAUCUACGGCGUGUCAUUCCCGGACAAGAAGCAGAUGGCCGCCCACAAAAAGUUCCUGGAAGAGGCCGCCAAGCGCGAUCACCGGGUGAUUGGGCGACAACAGGAGCUCUUCUACUUUGAGGAAUGUUCGCCCGGCUCCGCCAUGUGGCUGCCGCACGGCAUGCGCAUCAACAACGCCAUUAUGGAGUACAUCCGUGAAGAGUACUGGAAGCGCGGAUAUGACGAGGUCAUGACCCCCAACAUGUUCAAUGUCUCGCUCUGGGAGCAGUCUGGCCAUCUGGCCCACUACAAGGAGGACAUGUUCAUCUUGAACGUGGACAAGGAAGAAUUCGGCCUCAAGCCCAUGAACUGCCCAGCCCACGCGAUGAUGUUCCGCCACAGGGAACGGAGUCACAAGGAGCUGCCCCUGCGUCUUGCAGACUUUGGCGUUCUCCACCGGAACGAGGCCAGUGGCGCUCUGAGCGGCCUGACGAGAGUGCGAAGGUUCCAGCAAGACGAUGCCCAUAUCUUCUGCCGGGAGGACCAGAUCAAGGAGGAAGUUGCGGAUCUCUUCGACUUCAUGAAAUCCUUCUACGGCAUGCUAGGUCUCAGCUUCAAGCUGAAGCUGUCCACUCGCCCGGACAAGUUCAUGGGUGAGAUCGAGACAUGGGACCGUGCCGAGGCUCGUCUGAAAGAGGCCCUCGACGAUUUCGCCGCGUCCAAUGAUGGUGUCAGCUGGGAGCUCAACCCCGGUGACGGUGCCUUCUACGGUCCGAAGGUUGAUAUCGCUGUUCUGGACUGCCUAAAUCGGCACUGGCAAUGCGCUACCAUCCAGCUCGACUUCCAACAGCCCAUCAACUUCUCUCUCGAGUACCAGACUGCCGAGGGUGUGCAGAAGGACAAGGCAGAUGGCCCGGCCCACGCCGCGGCCCCAGAGCCGGCCCCGGAGCCAGAACCCGCCGCAGCCGAUAAGAAGGAUGGCAAGGAGAAGAAAAAGCCGCUCGUGAUCAAGAAGCCGUUGUCGCCAGGCUGCGCUCGGCCGGUAAUGAUACAUCGCGCCAUGGCUGGCAGCAUUGAGCGCUUCACCGCCAUUCUCACCGAGCAUUUCGCCGGGAAGUGGCCUUUCUGGCUCUCGCCCCGCCAAGUUAUUGUCAUUCCUGUCGGCAUGGGCUUCUUGGGCUAUGCCAAGGAGGUGGCCGCCAUCCUGAAGAAGGAGCGAAUCUAUGUCGACGUCGACAGCAGCGGCAACACUCUCCAGAAGAAGAUCCGCAACGGACAGAUGGCUCAAUACAACUUCUGCUUCGUGGUCGGCGACGAGGAGAUGCGCAGCCGCAAGGUCAACAUCCGCUACCGCGACGACACGUCCACUCAGGCGAGAGACGUGCCCGUUGACCUGGACGAGGCGGUCGAGAAGCUGCGGAAGCUCAAGGCCGACAGGGGGAUGUACAACCCCUUCCCGCACAAGAAGGAGGAUGGCGCGGAUAAAGCUUAGAUGUAGUGUGGGCGUAGAGCGGCGCAAAAGAGAUGUAGAAUCCAUUCUGUUUGGUGCAUUUUGGCGCCAUCCUUUGGCGAUCUUUGGGUUGUGAGCUGGUUAUGCUAUGACUUGGCAAGGCGUGAGCGUGAACGAACCCAGCUGAAGAUGUUGCCAGCGAAACUGCCGGUGGUUCUUCCGUUCCAUAGAAGUAGAACCCUGCAGUGUGCGCCGUCACCCUCGUUCCUUCCGGCAUCUUACUUCCCAUCAAGAACAUGUCACUUGCCUGAGCCUCAAGACCCGAAAUGGUUUCUGCAAGCGGAGGCGGUUGUUGACAACGCAAUGAGGCAUCCC